AUGCCCAAGGACACCAUAUUAUAUGAUGCCCUUGGUGUAAAUCCAAAUGCAUCUCUUAAUGAAAUCCAAAAGGCUUAUCUAAACACAUCAAGGGAGCUUGAAGAAGGAGAUUUCAAUAAGGAUGAGCAUUUUCUCGUUCAAACAGCCUACGAAAUACUUUCAAAGCCACAAUUACGACGUAUGUACGAUACAUAUGGACUUGAAAUGUCUUUACAGAUACUUCAUUCGAAUUUUAAUUACUCACCUCCACAAAAACAACAACAACAAGAUUAUUCUUAUUACGAUGAAGAGGAAGAAGAAGAAGAUUAUUAUUAUGAUGUUGAUGAUUGGCAACACUUCAAUCUCGACGUCUCUUUAAAAAAUCUUUAUCUUGGUUGUACCCUUCCUCUGCGUAUAAAACUUACAGUAUCGUGCCCUCAUUGUCAUGGAAAUGGCACUCAAUCACGUAUGCCACAUGAAAUUUGCCAUUCCUGCAAUGGCCAUGGAUUUAAAUACAUUUUUGUUGACCCAGCAUAUGGAAACCUUCAAGCAAGACAAACAUGCUCCACAUGCUUAGGAAAAGGAUAUAUUAUUGAUGACGAAGAUAUUUGCCAACGAUGCUACGGAAAAGGAACAAUUGAAAAAUUAAUGAACAAACAAGUUAAAAUCGAACCAGGUACACGUGGUGGAGAUAUUAUAAAAUUAAAAGAUAUACAUUCAUUGGUAUAUAUACACCAAAAAAAGGAUCCUACAUUCGUAUUAAAUGGAAAUGAUCUUUUGAUGCAUAAAGAAAUUACAUUGACACAAGCUCUUUGCGGCUCCCAUUUAGUAGUUGAUCAUCUUGGCGAUCGAAAACUUAUCAUUCCUACAAUAGGAAGAGUAAUUAGUCCAGAUCAAGUGUUAAAAAUAGAAGGAGAAGGAUUUCCUGUUAAAAAUAGUACGAAAAAGGGAAAUUUGUAUAUUAAAUUCCAUGUAGAGUUUCCUACUGCAAUUCCUCCAGCUCUUGCUACAGUUUUAGAUAAAUUUCUGCCUCGGCCUGUUGUACAACAGGAAACUGAAACAUAUAUGCAAGAUGGCAAACUAGAGGACUUUGGACAAUAUGUUGAUCCUCAAAAACAAUCAGAAUACUCAUACGAAGAAGAUUAUUUAGAUUAUUCCGAAGAAGAAGAGGAAGAGUAUGAUGAUUAA